GGAACAAGAAAUUAACCAAAAACUAGUUGGAAUAAAAAUGAACAAUAAAAAUGAAAAAUCGCCGGAGGGUGAAAAAAGAAGUGAAAUUAAUAUUGUCUCCCAACAAAUUGCAGAAAAUAAUUAUUCUGGAAUUAAUGAAACAACAAAAAAUAAUAAUAAUAUUUCACGCGAGUCUUCAGUCACAUAUUCUACGCGUAAUAAAUGUAACGGAAAUUCUAUUUCAAAUCAAAAACAACACCAAAAUAAUCCUCAAUUAAUGGAUUCAUCACCUUCGGCAGCUACUAAUUGCCGUCCCUCAAUUGGGCCCUCACCUUUAAUCUUCUCAGGCGAAAGUCAAUUUGAUACAAGAUCCCUACAAACUAAUAGAAGGUAG